GGGUAUAGCAUUCUUUGGUUGGGAAACCAUUAUCAUGGUUGAGCAAACGAAGAACAGGCGAAGAUGUCAAUCUGGUGUGGUAAGAAUCAGGUCAUCUCUCACCCUAUUUCAGUUACGACUUUCAUCAAGCACUUGGUAACAUCGAAGACACCAAUCUGGUCUUACAACCGCACUAACAGGAAACCCAUAACCACUGCCACUAUCAAAAGUCUCAGCUCUCCACAUAUUGAAAACCUUACUUCCCGCCAAAAAGAGCAGAUUUCCGUUUACGCCAAUGCCCUUUUGGAAUGGAACCAGCGAAUGAAUCUUACUGCUGUGGCGGAGAUGAGCGAGGUCAUGACAAGGCACGUUGAAGACUCGCUAGCGAUCAUUCCUCCCAUCCAGAAUACGUAUCUCUCUCAUUGCAACUCUUCUUCAUGCGACAACCUCAACCUUGUUGAUGUUGGCAGCGGCCCAGGUCUCCCGGGAUUAAUCCUUGCCAUUGCUUGCCCAAGUUGGAAAGUUACCCUUUUGGAGUCCAUGAAUAAACGCUGCCUCUUCUUGGAGCACGCGAUUGGUGUCACUGGUUUGACAAAUGUGCAAGUUUUACGUGCAAGAGCAGAGAGUGUGGGCCAGAAAUGUGAAUUCAGAGAGGUGUUUGAUGUUGCAGUAGCAAGAGCUGUAGCAGAAAUGAGAGUUUUAGCUGAGUACUGCCUACCUCUGGUUCGCGUUGGUGGCUUGUUUGUGGCUGCAAAAGGCCAUGAUCCUCAGGACGAAGUCAGAAAUGCAGAAAAAGCAAUUCAAUUGAUGGGAGCUUCCAUUUUGCAACUGUACUCAGUGGAAUCACACAGCCCUUAUGGACAGCGAACUGCCAUUAUUUGUUUAAAAGAACGGCCAACUCCAAAGAAGUAUCCCCGUGACCCUGGUACACCAACAAAGUCACCAUUGUAGGCCAUUGGGGGGGAGACUUGUUGCUUUCUAUUUAUGGUCACUUGAAACUUUGAAAUGGACAAGACAAACCUUCACUGUGCUCCUUUGGUAAUUGAUGUUGCUUGAUCAAAUCUGGAUCCAUUGGAGUUCACAUAAUUAAGCUUAAUGUUAGUUGUCCCUUCUUGUGACCUC